AUUUAAUACAUAAGCGAAAUAAAUAAAGAAUAGAAGAAACGUCAACGGCACGAAACACAUGGUUUGCUCAACUCAGGGCUCUAAACAACAAAGACAAAAUUGCAAACAUGUUUAGUUUUAUUCGUGUGCAAACAAGAUAACGAGUUGAUGCAUUUUUAAAUACAAUGUCCGUCGACAAAUCGAAGAGGACACCAUUCUUUUCAGUAUUCAAAUACAAGUGCACAUUUCCUGGCUGUAACUUGGAAUUCCGACGAAAAGAUCGACUAGACACGCACGAGUUUACCCAUAGCGGAGUGAAAAAGUUCAAAUGCACCGAGCCAAAUUGUCACAAAGAGUACGUAACCAAUUCACAUUUGCAGCGUCACAAACGAACUGCUCAUGUCGAGGGAAAGAAGGCUCUGUACUGUCCGCACGAAUCCUGUGCUCAAAUCUUUGGAUCCAAAGCUACUGUGAAAGAGCAUUGCAAUUUGGUCCAUUCGGAAAAGCCACGCGAGUUCGAAUGUGAAACGUGCAAUGAAAAGUUUCGACGGAAAACGCAAUUGAAACAGCAUAUGUUUUCACACACGGGAGCCUAUUGGUACACAUGUGAUAAAUGUGGAAAAGGCUUUUUGCUGUUGAGUCGUUUGAGACGGCAUGCCGAAUCACAUCGGACCAGGCAAUGUGAUCACUGUGAUUUGACAUUUGAUAAAUGGUCUCUGCUUAUGGCACACAAACACAAGGCACACUUGAACAGCGAUCUGAAAUGCUCAGUUUGCCAUAGGGAAUUCCAUUCGAAUCGUGUUUUAAAGCAACAUUGCAAAACACAUACGGAUCUCGACGAACGAACGGUAUUUCCAUGUCCGUUUGAAGGCUGUGCACAAUCUUUCCUUCAGAAACGGAACAUGCUCGCUCAUUACAAGUCAAAGCAUGAGAAUCGCAAGUUUGUAUGCACAUACGAUGGUUGCACAAUGGAGCUGAGCACGAAACAAAAGUUGGAUUUUCAUAUUAAGGUGAUACAUUCGGGCGAAGCUGGCCAAAGCAACUCAAAGAAGAAAGGUAGAAGGGCCGAGAGAAAGGACAAAGGCAUGCAGAAAAUUUCCACCGCAUCGAAACUCUUCAACAUCAUUUUGCCGCCAACACUCGAACAGGUCAUCAUUUCAGGUCAAGGAAAGAAUAUUCACAUUGAAUACGAUCAAAUUGAAGGAGAAUUCGACGACAACAGUCAUGAAAAAAGUGGCAGUUUAGAAAUGUCUCCACUGAUCAACACCAACAAGAUCACUGCAGAAGCCGUGAAAUGCUAAACUCCAUGAAUAUCACUUUAUUUUUAACAAUUCACUUUUGAAUAUUUUUGCUCGCCAUUGUUUGACUGGUUUUCAAAUAAAGAUUCAUGUUAUUUAUUCAAAUGCUAAAAAGAAUAUCAAGUUUAAAA